UAAUUUCUUUUCUCAAUUUGUAAAUGUCUAUAUUUUCCCAAAAGAUUGCUUUGUUCUUUAUCGUUUUAUGAAAUUUUAAUACAUAAAAUAUGUCUGAUAGUAAAUCAUCCCUCAGGAUAGAUUGGUUUGAUGGUACACUUAUUGAAGACACGAGACAGAAUGCAACAAGCUCAUCGCAGUUUGAUGACGAAGAUAAACCAGAAACGCAAACAAAGUUAAUACCAAAAGAUGUUGAGAAGAAACCUAUUGGCUUUAAAAGAUUAAUGGACUUAUCCUAUUUAAAACCUCCUAUACUUAACCUAGAAAUAUCUCAUAGACCGGGUUUCUGGCAUCUCUUAGACAUUGACCUGAAAGGAGAUUUUAUAGUUUUAAUUAUUAAAAUAUUAAGUAACAUUUAUAGUUCUUUAGAAAGUGAUGAGAAAUCAAAAAUAGUAAUAUUAUUAAGGACAAGAUUUUUGAAAUCAGUUUUUAUAAAUAAUCUAAAAACUUACUUAAGACAGUUGCCCAAUGUAAGAAUUGUUGAAAAGAAGAUGAACAUGCAGUUAUGGGAUGACGUAGAGACAUUUUACUUAAACCUGUUUGAGUUGUGUGAAGGCAUGAGUAAGUUUCACAACAAGGAGAAUUCGGUGUUGUUUGAAGUUUUAGAGUUAUUGGAGAUUAUGGAGACAAGUGCUGUGGGAGUGAGAGAGGAACACACAGAGACAAUCAGAGACAGCUUUUUCACACAAAUCAAUCAACUGAAAAAGGAUAUUAUUAGCAACAUAAAUCAGCAAACAAAUGAGUGUCACUCAAUAUCUGAACAAGUAAAUGAUGAUCCAAGUUAUUAUAAAAAUUUGCAAAUAUUUCCAACAAAAGAUGAUCUCCUCGGUGACAGUAAAAUAAAAAUAAAACCAAAUAUAAUCAACGGUGCAUACCUGUCUAUUGAACAUUACUUGGAUGUGCAGUUUAAGUUGUUGAGAGAGGACUGCUUCGCACCAUUACGAGAAGGAAUAUGCAAAUAUAUGGAAAAUCCAUCUAAACGGAGGCAUGAAAAUAUAAGAGUUUACCCAAAAGUGCGUAUUGUGAGAACAUAUGUGAGUAACAAUAAUGUUGGUCAUCUGGUGGACAUGGCGUGGCAGGAUCGCUUGGACGGUGCCAGUAUUGAUAAGAAGCAUUACACUCACAGUAAAAAGUUAAUGUUUGGUUCUCUGCUGCUCUUCACAAGUGACAACUUUGAAACUGUCCUAUGUGCCACUGUACUGGAUUCAAAUCAACAUCUUUUGGCAGAUGGUUAUAUUGUUGUUUCCUUUGAAAAUCCAGUAUCAAACAAAAUAUAUGAUGAAGCAUACUUGAUGGUGGAAAGUGAGGUUUACUUUGAGCCGUAUCAUAGCGUAUUGAAAGUUCUACAGAAUAUGAGAACAGAUGAUUUGCCUAUGAAGGAAUAUAUUGUAUAUGUUCAGAGUGAGUCACAGCCACCUAAAUAUUUAACAAAUGAUGCAAUAUAUACUAUAUCAGGUCCAAAUAAUGAGGAAAUAAGUUUCCCCGUACUUCAAACUGAAAAAUGGCCAUCAAAGGAAAUAUUCUGUUUAGACGAAUCUCAAAUGAGUGCGUACCAAUUUGCACUUACGAGACAAUUUGCAGUUAUACAAGGUCCGCCUGGGACCGGUAAGACGUUCGUAGGGAUCAAAAUAGCAUCCACAUUGCUAAGGAAUUUGUCCCUGGAAGGUACUCCGAUGCUCAUCAUUUGCUACACGAAUCAUGCGCUUGAUCAAUUUGUUGAAGGAAUACUUCACGUUACCCAAAAUGUUAUCAGAUUUGGAAAUCAAAGUAAGAGUGAGAUAUUACAGAAUUACACUCUACAUAAUAUGAGAAGUAGAAGUAAAUCUAAAUACUCUUAUCUGUACGCAAACAAGAAGGCACACUUGGAAACAGUUUAUAAAGAUAUGAUGGAACUUCAGACAGAGAUAGAGAAAUGUGAGAAAGAGAUAGUUUCAUAUAAAACUCUUAAACCUUAUUUAAAAAUUGGCAAUAAAAGUUACGAAUUAAAAACAACUAACGAAGAUUCAAUAAUAUCUUGGUUGUUUAAUCAUUUGGAAGAAGAUAAUGAUGAUACAAAUGAAAAUAAUGAUUCAGAUGAUUGGGAGAAACAAUGCGAACAUUUGAAUAUAUCUGAUGAAGUGGAGACAUGUUUCUCUGAGGAGCGCCUUCUUAAGGAAAUACAAUCUAUGAACAAUAGUAUAAAGUACGUCAAAGAUUUAACCGACGAUGCGACAGAGUCCCGCAAAAUGGUCGACAAGUUUGAAAAGCAAAUAACUAAACUACGAAAUAGAUUGAACUAUUUUAAGCAAAAUAUGUCGUCUUCAAGACAACUGCAGCUGAUGAAAGAUGUUCCCCAAAUAGAAAACCUGUACGAACUAGAUCCAGAUAAAAGAUGGACGGUUUACUUGACAGCCGUGUCCGCUCUCAAAGAUAAACUUAACAUUAAAAUGAAUGAACUAUUGGAGGUGCAGCGGAGGUGCGUGUCGGAGGUGAGCGAGGUGCGCGCGCUGGUGGAGGCGGAGGUGUGCGGAGGUGCGCGCGUGGUGGCGCUCACCACGAGCGCGGCGGCGCGGCGUCACCGGCUGCUGCAGGAGCUGCGCUGUAACAUCGUGAUAGUGGAGGAGGCGGCGGAGGUGAUGGAGGCGCACGUGGUGGCCGCGCUCACUCACCACUGUCAGCAUCUCAUACUAAUCGGUGAUCACAAGCAGCUGCGACCUACAGCCGCGCACUACAAGCUGGCUCGUCACUACAACCUGGAGGUGUCGCUGUUCGAGCGCAUGUUGUGCGGAGGUGGAGGUGGAGGUGGAGGCGGAGGUGGGGGGCGGCACGCGCGCAGUCUGCGCACUCAGCGACGCAUGCGCGCAGAGAUGGCCGCGCUGCUGGUGCCGCACCUCUACCCCGCGCUGGAGACACACCCCCGCACACAACACUACCCUCACGUUACAGGGAUGAAACACGAUCUAUACUUUUAUACUCAUAAUCACUUUGAAGAUUCCGAGGGUUUAGAAGAGGGCUGGAGUCACAGGAACAGUGCGGAGGCGAGGUGGUGCGUGCUGGUGGCGGACUACCUGCGACACAUGGGAUACUGCGCUGGUGACAUCACUCUGCUCACCACAUACACCGCACAGGCUAAACUUAUCACUGAGCUGAGUAAGAAGUACGAGAGAUUGAGAGAGGUGAAGGUGAGGGUGGUGGACAAGUUCCAGGGCGAGGAGAGCAGGGUGGUGGUGGUGUCGCUGGUGCGCAGCAACAAGGAGGGCAACAUCGGCUUCCUCGCACAACACAACAGGAUCUGUGUCGCCAUGUCGCGGGCUAAAGAAGGUUUGUACAUGUUCGGCAACAUGGAUGUACUGAAAUCCGCGAGCACAAUUUGGUCCGCGAUUGCUGAUAAAUUAAAAGAACAAAAUGCUUUGGGAAACAGAAUCCUCCUGCGCUGCGCAACACAUCAACACGUCACUUACCAAGUGGAGCGGCCGGAAGAUUUCGAAAAUUGUUUAUCCUCAAACGGAACUUGUCUCAAAAACUGUCCUUAGUGUUACAUCUUACAAUUAAUAUAUAUUUUA